GGCCCGCGAUAGUUCUUUUCCAUUGUAAUAAUUAAUAAGAUUCCUUCGUAGGAUCCAUUGAGUGGGUGUCCCGCGCGCGCGGACGUCAUACUUUUAGCGACACCCGGGCCCCGGCCGUUGGCAAAACACACACAACGACUGAUACAGCGUGAUGAACGGCAGUAGGAGGCGGCAGCAAGCUUUAGCAAAGGAAAAUGGUGGGCGUGCGUCGUUGCUUUUUGGCUGUCGACUUUGACUAACUGACCCACACCAUAAUCAGCUCAUCAGCUCAAUAUAUUUCAGCCUAUCCCUCAUCUUCUUCCCCGCACUCUGUUCUCCUGAAACAGCCGCAGCGAUGAAGCACAGGAACGCUGCAAAGAUCUCUCCUCAAUGGAUUUUCAUCUUCUGCAUUUCCAGCUUCGUCCUCGGAAUGCUCUUCACCAGGGUGUGGUAUCCGCCUGAACCCAAGGAUCAGAUGACAUCCCAACGGCGGCUAGAUCAGGAGUUCCAAUUUUUUCACGAGGGCUCUGCAAUCAGUAGGAAGCCUGGACGAGAUAAGGAUAUGGUGGGAAAGAUUCACCAAACCCAAGAGGCAAUACAGUCUGGCAGAUCACUGGACCAGACAAUGUCUACACUUGAGAGAGAAUUGGUUGCCACUCAGAAUUCUCAUGAUAUGGGGAGCCUUGAAAAUUUGCCUGCUGUCCGGACAUCUUCUGUUGGUAGCCCACCAAGGAAGAAGGCAUUUAUGGUUAUUGGAAUAAACACUGCUUUUAGUAGCAGAAAGAGGCGUGAUUCUAUCAGAGAGACAUGGAUGCCCCAUGGGGAAAAGCUCCUUCAACUAGAGCAAGAGAAGGGAAUUGUCAUUCGUUUCAUGAUUGGGCACAGCUCAACAUCCAAUAGCAUCCUAGACCGGGCUAUCGACUCAGAGGAUGCUCUACAUAAAGACUUCUUUAGGCUUGAGCAUGUUGAAGGUUAUCAUGAAUUAUCCGCAAAGACAAAAACGUUCUUCUCUGCUGCAGUUGCACAGUGGGAUGCUGAGUACUAUGUUAAGGUUGACGAUGAUGUCCAUGUCAAUUUGGGUAUGCUAGCCACAACUCUUGCCCGCCACCGUUCAAAACCUAGGGUGUACAUAGGAUGUAUGAAAUCUGGACCAGUUCUAUCCCAAAAGAAUGUCAAGUACCAUGAACCUGAAUAUUGGAAAUUUGGAGAGGAGGGGAAUAAAUACUUCCGGCACGCAACUGGGCAGAUCUAUGCAAUCUCAAAAGAUCUGGCCACAUAUAUCUCUUUGAACCAGCCCAUACUGCACAAGUAUGCCAAUGAAGAUGUGUCACUUGGUGCCUGGUUUAUUGGUCUUGAAGUUGAGCACAUUGAUGAUCGCAACAUGUGCUGUGGGACUCCGCCUGACUGUGAGUGGAAAGCACAGGCAGGAAAUGUUUGCAUUGCAUCAUUUGAUUGGAGUUGCAGUGGAAUUUGCAAAUCAUUGCAGAGAAUCAAGGAUGUUCAUGCCAGGUGUGGUGAAGGUGCUGCUGCUGUUUGGAACACUCUCAUCUAAAAGUUAUUUCGAGAGAAUAAGGGGUGUCGCUCAAUUCUUUUUGGAUCCUCCUUGUUGCUUACCCAUCUUGAUAACUCUAGAGAUAACACGACACCUUUCUGCAAGAAGAACCAAUUACAGUCAUCAAAAUUUUGAUUCAGAAUCAGCCCAUACAGAGUACAAAUCCAAUAUUUACUUGUCUACAUGGAAGACACCUCUGGUGUAGGAGCACAUUGAUAGAAUUAAUUCUUUGAUGCAGUGACUUCUUGUAGUGUCUUUUUUUUUUUUCCUGCUCUGGUAUAGUGUACUUUGGGUGUUGUUUAUAUGAUUUGGGUCUCAAGAAAAUGUGCUCAAAAAAGGCAUACAAUGUUUCUCCAGUCCUGUAAUGCAAUUCUCCAGGAUUCAACCUGUCUUCCCCUCUUUCUACCUCAAAAUUUAUGAUUGGAAGUUUGAUUGUCUUGUUGCAA